CUCUCUUCCGUGCUCCUCAGCCGCACGCCGGUUAGCUGGAGCGUCAGGAUCCGUCGGCCGCUCCUCGCCUCACCCGCACCCCCCCUCCUUUUCCACACGCACGCGUCUUCCUGCUUCCUUUCCGGCUCCUCCUGCGCGUGCGCGUGGCUGCGGCGCUCUUCCAGGCUUCCCCCGCGCCGCGGAAGGUGGUGUUUGCUAGAAUACACGUCAUACUAUGGCUGAUGAAGUGGACUUCACCACUGGAGAUGCUGGAGCUUCUGCCACCUAUCCAAUGCAGUGUUCUGCACUCCGCAAGAAUGGCUUUGUGGUGCUGAAGGGACGUCCUUGCAAGAUUGUGGAAAUGUCAACUUCCAAAACUGGGAAGCAUGGUCAUGCAAAGGUCCACCUUGUUGGCAUUGAUGUCUUCACUGGCAAAAAAUAUGAAGAUAUUUGCCCUUCUACACACAACAUGGAUGUUCCAAACAUCAAGAGGAAUGACUAUCAACUGAUCUGUAUACAGGAUGGGUAUCUCUCCUUGCUGACCGAAAGUGGUGAAGUUCGUGAGGAUCUGAAGGUGCCAGAAGGUGAACUAGGGAAAGAAAUAGAGGGAAAAUACAAUGCAGGAGAAGAUUUCCAGGUGUCAGUCAUGAGUGCAAUGAGUGAAGAAUGUGCUGUAGCCAUAAAACCUUGCAAAUAGGACCAUCUGGAUUUGAGCAGUUGCUCAGGUCCCAGCAAUUGCAGAUCUUGUAUUUUAGUUCUGAUAUCACCAAAGCUAUAACCUUCACUAGCAACCUCGUGUCUUUGUUUGAAAAUAGUGCUGACUAAUGUUGCAAGCAGUUUGGCAAUAUGAAAUUGCUGGAGUUCAAGUGCUUACAGGAAUGGCAAGGCCGUCAAAACUGUCAUUUUAGAUCAUGAGGUAUUAAAAACUAGUAUGCUUUGCUUGAAUGAGACUGUAUAGCAGUGCCAAUACCAAGGUAGUACUAAAUUUGUGUUUAAAUAACAAAUAGAAUUUAAGUAUAAUAUUUUAAAUAAAUGAAAAUACCAAUUUUUAUCUUAAACAUGGUAAAAUGUGGCUUGCACUGAACAGUGAAUAAACAUUGAGUCUAGGGACAAGGGAACUCAUGUGAUCAAAAUGCCAGUGCUGAUAGCCACCGUGGGAAAUAAAUUGGAUCUCUGUAGUCUUGCUGGCUCACUCUUAACAUGUCACCAUUUGCCUGUGAUGCAAACAUCCAGAUUAUUGGAUGCUUUCAUACUCUGGCUAAUAGUGCACAAAAGCACGAGGCGGGGGGGGAGGUGGAGGGAGAUUCACUAGAGGCCUUUGAUUUCAGUGUGGAGUUCAGCCGCUCUUAUUUAAAAAAGGGAAUGCCUCAAGUGUUUCAGUAUUAGGCAUACUUGUUUUGGAUUUUAAUUCCUUAGUUUUGUAACACAAGUAGACUUUUUGACGACUUAGGAAUUGGAGCAGAAGUGCACAUACUGACAGCUUGUAUGGAGGCUACAUUUGAACCUUGAUUCACCCAACAGAAUUUUGGCCAUGGCUUGUCUAAUAUUGUAAUGAACUAUGACAUGGGAACAUGUUAUGCAUUAUAGUGUUGGUAAUUUAGAAUAUACUUGUGUAAGACUUGGUUACACUAAACGGGCAAAUGCCUAAGCACUAAUAGACAUACUCUCUGCGUGAUCUUCUGCUUAGCUAACAUUUGGGGGAAACCUAAUUACUUAAAUUUGCCUUAAAUGUUGGUAGCAACUGACAACUUGAACUAGUGACUGGGUUCUUAAACAUGUUUAGUUCAUUACUGGCAGCUUUUUGGGGAUGUGGAAAGAGGAUUUUGAGCUUCAGUUGGGAAUAUGGUUGCCCAUAAUCAGUGAAGUUAGACUAGAAGUGUAAAUAAAGCGUAUCAGGGUCUUGCAAGUAUCUAUGCAGAGAAGGAUACAAUGCAGAUUGGUUUGGCAAUAAAUACUUUUGAACAAAGCACAGUCUUGAUAGAGUGGUAUGUAACUAGAUGUUUUGAGAUCUAGCUACUAGGAAACUGAAGGAUUUUAGCACAUUGUUAGUCUUAUCAUGUGAGUUGAUUCUCAAUAUUCAUGUAGGAGUGGGAAGUCCCAGUUUGAAACAUUGACUCCAUUAGUUAGUAUCACUAGUCAUGUUCACAUGUCCUACAGCCAUCUAUUGUGCCUGAGCAGCUGAGAGAAGCACUGGUGGUACAGAAUCGGAAGAGACCUGCUAACAUCUCACUGCUUGCAUCCUCUCAAGGAUGUACACACUUAAAAUGUCUGGGCGGCCAGCUUAAGGGAAUGUAUUCUGGAGAACCUUUGGGAAAGGUGAGGUCUUAAUUUCAACUUGACUUUUGGUGAUUUGGAACCACAGGAUAUUGGGACUAGAUGGGAAAAAUAGCAUUUGCUGGAUAGGUCAGUUGUAGGGUACUGUUUGACGCACUGUUGUGCAAUCUCAUUUCACUAGUAAAACUACAGUAUUUUCAAUAGGACAAUAGCAAAGCCAUUUCACUUGUAGAGUGCAAUCUGUCUACAGACCCACCAAGUUUACAGUAGUUUUAACUUUGCUAAUACAAGCUUAAUGCUGUAUAUUUCAGGUUCUUUAAGCUAUUUCAGGGUGAUCACGUUUCUCUAAAUCCACUUUUAAAUAGUUCUUCAUGGCUGGAACAAACACAUUUCCUUCUCAAGGGCAGGCUCAUACUCUAACAAGCUGUAGGCCAGGUUGAAGGCUGAACAACUCAAUCCUGCUGUUACUUUGUAAGGGUGCAAGCUUCCUGGAUUGGGGUUCAUCCAUGUUCUUGUUUGGUGUGCUGUAGGUUCUCUUGCCUCAAAUGUUAGGGAAUUCUUUUUUUAAACAACCCAAAUUUACCUCUUGAUGUAUUGUCUUGCGUCUUUGUGUUCAACAAAACCACUGCUAGUUGAGCCAUGACUUGAAUAUACUCUUCUCAGGGCUGCUCUUGUGAAGAAUUGAAAGAGCUUAAGUUGAUUAUUUUAACAAAGCUGCUUGAAAGUCUUACAGGGUUUUGUAUUCCAUAAAUUUAUAGCAUGCUUAUGAUGCAAGUAGAGUUCUAGUAUAUCAAACCUAGUCUAAAGGAGUCAGACAUUGUGACCAAGCUAUUCUAGAGACUACAUGACAUAUUUGAUUGCAGUAAGCUUUAAGUGUUGGAAUGUUGGCUGUGUCUGAAAACUUCAAUAGAACAAGCUGUGCUUAAAUAUUUCUUUAUAUAGUACAAGAUUCUCAUUUGUUAUAUUUUAAUCAGUGUUUUACACAGUAAAACUCAGGCACAAACUCAGGAUCUGUGUCUGACAAGAGUAUCUAGGCCUUGUAGAACUCUGAACUCUCAAUCAGUGACUGUUACAUCAAAAACUGGACAUAUUGUUGUAAACAAAAUGUGCAGAGAAGGGUUUUUUUGUAUUUACUAAAUAUGGAAGUUCAGACAAGUAUGCAAUAUACCUACUGGCUAGUGAAUGGAUGCAGUGUUCAUUGUACAAGAGUGACCUUGACUUUAAAAGCAUAACUUGAAAGGUUUGUACUUUUUCUGCAUCUCUGUUAUAGUGAAGUAUUCAUGUGUUAAGAGUUUUUGGCUUUUAAUGACUUUUAUUGAAACAUUUGAAUUAUAAUUUGGGUCAUAGUAAUGAGAAUAAAGUUUAAACUUAAAGGUU